AUCCUACCAAAUUUUUUGGUUGUGAGCUGGGAGCACAGACCCAGUUUGAUGUUAAGAAUGACCGUUACAUUGUCAAUGGAUCUCAUGAGGCGAAUAAGCUGCAAGACAUGUUGGAUGGAUUCAUUAAAAAAUUUGUUCUCUGUCCUGAGUGUGAGAAUCCUGAAACUGAUCUGCAUGUCAAUCCUAAGAAACAAACUAUAGGCAACUCUUGCAAAGCCUGUGGCUAUCGAGGCAUGCUUGACACAAACCAUAAACUCUGCACGUUCAUUCUCAAAAACCCACCUGAAAGUGGUGAUGCUGGUACAGGAAAGAAAGAAAAGGAGAAGAAGAACAGAAAAGGCAAGGACAAAGAGAAUGUUUCUGUGUCCAGCAAUGAGACGCUUCCACCCCCACCACCAGAGGAAAUUACUCCUCCACAGGUUGUGGAGGAGGAGGAGGAUGAUGACUGGGGUGAAGACACAACAGAAGAAGCCCAGAGGCGUCGGAUGGAUGAAAUCAGUGACCAUGCAAAGAACCUCACGCUUAGUGAAGACCUGGAAAGAACCGUGGAGGAGAGAGUCAACAUCCUGUUUGAUUUUGUGAAGAAAAAGAAGGAAGAAGGUGUCAUUGAUUCUUCUGACAAAGACAUUGUAGCUGAAGCAGAGAGACUGGACGUGAAGGCCAUGGGCCCGCUGGUUCUCACUGAAGUCCUUUUCGAUGAGAAGAUUCGUGAACAGAUAAGGAAAUACAGGCGUCACUUCCUUCGUUUCUGUCACAACAACAAGAAGGCUCAGAGGUACCUUCUCCAUGGCUUUGAGUGUGUGGUAGCCAUGCAUCAAACUCAGCUUAUUUCCAAGAUCCCACAUAUUCUGAAGGAAAUGUAUGAUGCAGAUCUUCUGGAGGAAGAAGUCAUCCUUGGCUGGGCAGAAAAGGCCUCAAAGAAAUACGUUUCCAAGGAGCUUGCCAAAGAAAUCCGUGUCAAAGCAGAACCAUUUAUUAAAUGGCUAAAGGAAGCUGAAGAGGAAUCUUCCGGUAAUGAAGAAGAGGAUGAAGAUGAAAACAUAGAGGUGGUGUACUCCACAACUGCCAGUGUACCUAAAGUUGAAACUGUGAAGCCUGCAAACAGCAAAGACGACGAUAUCGACAUCGACGCCAUUUAAAGCGACGCGACAGAGCUUCCAGCAUCACGACACAAACCGCUCUGCGGUUCCUGCCAGAGGCCUGACUUGUGCGUGCGCAGCUGAAACAGCUUAACACCCCGCUACUCUUUGUACUCUGAAAUGUAUCUUUUUACUGUGACUGGUCUUGUGUAACUCAGCCUAAUCCCAAGGAGUCAGCACGUCGGUGAACUGAUCUGGUUUGCAACUGGCAUGUUCUGUUUUUCUAACUUGUGUUGGACACAUACUUGGAGCACAUUUAUGCAGUUGUGGAAAUAAAGGAUUUGGUUUUGGUCAGUCUUCA